AUGUGUGCUUCGUCAUGCAAUCAAUCUAUUCCUCCUGAAGUUCAACAGAAUGUUUCAGUACCAAGUGUAAAACGAAAGUUUAUUGGUAAUUAUUCAUUGAAACCCAACGAUCAUACGAUAAACAUAUUACAGUGGAAUAUUCUUGCUCAAGCCUUAUCAUAUUCAGAAGGUAAUUUUAUUCGUGUAAAGGCUGAAAUAGUUGCGUAUGAAACUCGUAAAUGGCGAAUACUAGAACAAAUACUUGUACAUCAACCAGAUUUAUGUUCAUUGCAAGAAAUGGAUAUAUAUGAUUGUUUUCUUAAAGAACAACUACCUAAAUAUGGAUAUACCUGUUUUUUUACUCCAAAACCAAAUUCCAGAUGUCUGUCAUUCGAAGAUGAUCUAGACAAUUUCAAAGGUCCAGACGGUGUUCUACUCUGUUAUAAAAGUAAUCUAUUUAGAGAAAUCAGCCGAAAUAAUUAUGAUCUACCUAAUGAUGGUCGAUUUGGACGACAAAUAUUUUCAAGUUUUGAAUUAGAAUAUAUACCAAUAGCUUGUCCUAUCGUACUUAUUGGUACACAUUUUAAAGCUAAAAAACAAUUUGCAAGAUCUCGUAUAAAUCAAGCAAAUGCAUUAAUCGGAUUUUUAAAUAAAAACUAUACAAAAAAAACAAAUGUUAUUAUUGCAGGAGAUUUUAAUGGUGAAACUGACGAACCAUUUUAUGAUAUAUUAUUGCAAUCUGGUUUAAAUAGUGCAUAUAGACUUUUAAUGAAUAAUAGUGAGCCACCUUAUACAACAUGGAAAUUUAAAUCCCGCGAAGACAGACAUGAAAAAGAAGAAUUUCGAACAAUUGAUUAUAUUUUUUAUCGUUCAGAAAAGUUGACCCCCAUUGCUUAUUUGGAAUUACCAACUAAAAAUGAUAUUGGCCCUGAUGGUCUUCCAUCAGCCAACUAUCCAUCUGAUCACUUAGCUCUUCAAUCGAUAUUUCUAAUUCAUGCGUAG